AUGGAUGACAUAAGUAACAACGAAUACAGCGAUGCGAUAGGCAUCCGAUACAAUUGCUUUCGCCUCGCUGCGAAUGCAGAACAAGCAAAGAUUACUCGACAGAUCUCCUCGUAUUGCUUGAGCGAAUCACCGUCAACCUUCCGCAUCGAAAAAGAUCCCACACUACCAACACAUUCCUUCUCAAGUCUCGCAAAAAGGAACAUCACCGGUGAAGAUCUAUACCUUUGGUCAGCACCGAUUGAUAUCAUCGAACAAUAUCAAAUCUUUUUACAGUCAAAUGAUUUAUUAUUAGCCAAAGCCAUCUUCUACAAUUGUACAUUACCGCGAUUCGGAUCGGUAUGCCAAUACGAAUUGUUUUACCAAUACGAAAAUGAUUCAUCCUUACAUGAGAUGAUUCAUAACUAUUAUGAAAGUUAUCGAUAUCACUCAACUGACAUGACGUGUUACGUUCACAUGAAGUGCAAACGUGGUUACCCACCUGCGUGUUUAGAUUGGACGGAGAUUUGUGAUGGUAAAGUUGAUUGUCUUGAUGGAAACUAUGACGAAGAACAUUGUUGGCAGUUGGAACUGAAUCAAUGUGAAGAAAAUGAUUAUCAAUGUACGAUUGGACAAUGCAUACCAAAAGAAUUUGUUGAAGACGAUUCGAGAACGUUUGAUUGUGUUGACAGUUCAGAUGAACAUAAUACAUUAGUUACUGACUAUUUGGCUGUGCGUGGCAAUUAUGAGCCGGCAUUCGGAUAUGAAGACAUUCGAUGUCAACGUACAUUUUUGACAAGUUCUUGUCGAGAAGAACGACGAUAUUUACUCGUUCAAUCGAUGUUUUCUAUCAAAGAUGAUUCGAUUUCGGACAAAUGUUGGUCCGCUUUUAAAUGUUACUUUGCUUUACCGAAUCCAACUUAUCCCACGAUCACAAAAGAGAUUAUCGAUACAGAGUGUGUGCCAACAUUACAACAAACUUGUCCAGACAUGCUAGCUGUUCCUAAUACUCCGGCCUUCUUCGGAUACAUUUACACCGCUUAUAAAAAGAACGAUCCGCCUUACGUCGACAACUAUGUUUUACCUUAUUUGUGCUCGAAUAAACCCUUUGGCCAUGGAUUACUCGAUCUAGUUCUCGAUGUGUCAACGAACGAAACAACUUGUUUUAGAAUUAAUCACUCAAUUAACAUCAUGACUUUUCAUACAGCUAAUUGGAAUUCGCAGUACGAAACGCCCAUCAAUGGUAUAUUUCGUCAAAUACGAGAAAUCGAACCGAUGAUCAACUUUCCGCCAAAGCUAUGCAAUGAAUCGCAUUUUUAUCAAUGCAAGAAUUCGUUGAAAUGUAUUCCAUUCCAUCGUUUGAUGAAUGGCGUUCCUGACUGUCCGUACGACGAUGAUGAGAACAUUUUCAAACAUACCAAUGCUAGGCUAUUCGCGAGGUUAAAAUCGAAGUAUUAUAAGUGUUAUUUUAUUGAUAAGUACAUUCCUCACUCAGCAAUUUCAAAUUUUAAGUGUGAUUGCAGAGAGUUGGACGACCUUUUCUGUGAAGAUGAACACAUUUUUGAGAAUUUUACCAAGCGAACGAUAUCGUUUCAAACCAUUUGUGAUGGAUUUCAAGAAUUGUAUCCAAUCCAGAUCGACGGAAAGAACCAAACCGAUGAAACUAGGUGUGAACAAUGGGAAUGCGAUAAUAUCUAUACACGUUGUGAUGGAAUAUGGGAUUGUUUACACGGAGAAGAUGAACUUAACUGUGAUUCCUCACCGGCGUUCUCAAAAUGCUCUUCUGAUUCUCGACUCUGCGUAAAUAAAACGACAUCGGCGUUCACGUGUUUACCAGUUGAGUACGUUAACGAUGGUAAAGUCGACUGCCUUGGUGGUACCGAUGAACAAAAGUUAUGUCCGGCGACACUACUGUAUACACAACGGCGAUUUUACUGUAUUACCAAUAACUCUUUACGGUGUCUGCCAUCCGCUCAGCUGUGCAAUGGUCACAAAGAUUGCCUAUACGGAGACGAUGAACAGUUCUGCCAGCAAAAUCGAUCGAUGUACAUGAGUAUUUGCAAAGAUGAAUACAUAUUAUUAGCUUCCGAUGUGGAAAGAUUCUUAUGUAACGUUUCAGGAGGUACCCGAAGAGCUGCACUGAAACAUUUUACAAUUAACGGAUUUUCUCAAUCAUCCGAAAAUCAAGUGGACGAUGAUGAAACCAUCGACAUAGCAAGUUUAAACAAGUAUAGGCCAGUUCGGUUAUUGGAUGAUCCUCGUUGCUAUCGUGGCCUUGAUGUACGUGUUUGGUUGAACAAACCAAUGAAUAUCUAUACAAGCGCUUGUCUUUGUCCGCCGAGUUAUUACGGAGAUCGAUGCCAAUAUCAAAACGAACGCUUAAGUCUAUCCAUUCGUUUUCAUGCAUCUGCUCUAGCAAGACAAAGUCCGUUCAUAAUACUCGUUUUGUUAAUUGAUAAUACCAACCGACGAACGAUUCAAUCUUAUGAGCAAUUCACUUAUUUGCCCAUUCGAGAUUGUAAAAUCAAAUUUAAUCUCUAUUUACUCUAUUCAACGCGACCAAAGCAGAUGAAUAAAACUUACUCGAUACAUAUCAAUAUUUAUGAACAGCACUCGUUACAACAUCGAGCGAGUUUACUCUACCCUGUGAAAUUCUUAUUUCUACCGGUUCAUCGUUUGGCAUUCAUCGUCGACAUUCCAUUUGUGGACGAUGAAUAUUUUACACACAGAAUCUGUUCAGAUAAGCGAUGUCUUCAUGGACGCUGCGUUCAGUAUGCCAAUACAAAGCAAACGUUUUGUCAAUGCGAACAAGAUUGGUCAGGGAAGUUUUGUCACAUUCCGUACAACUGUACUUGUUCAUCGAAUUCCUUGUGUGUGGGUGCCUUGAAUAACCGUCGACCGAUAUGCAUUUGUCCGGAGAAAUACUUCGGCGCUCAAUGUUAUAUUCGAAAUCGAUUCUGUGAUAGUUCUCCGUGCCAAAACCAUGGUAAAUGUGUUCCACACGAUGAUUUUAUGCUAUCGACAAAUGAAGAGAAUUAUUUCUGUAUUUGUUCGAAAGGUUUCAGCGGAAAACAAUGCGAACGACUCGAUACUCAAAUUGAUUUGAUAUUCGAUAAAAAUCUUCGUCUCUCUCCUUCGCUUUUCAUUCAUUUCAUAACGAUCAUUCCAAUCUAUCCAUGGAUUCUUAGCAUUCCUAAAUCUUCACCACAGAGAUUAACAACUUUGCAAACAAUAUCUCAAGCAACGAACUCGUUGAAAAUCUAUUGGUCUCGACCAUUCCAUCUAACAUUCAUCGAAACCUUCGAUAAAACUUACUAUUUACCUGUUAUUCAACCAGUGUAUAACUAUUCCCAAACAAUCGUGAGAACAGUCGAUUUGUCAAAUCGCUGUCCACCGAUCAGUGAACUAAUGAGUGCAACUUUUGCCCAACUUCAUCUACUUGAUCGGAUCAAAUCCUAUCAUUUGAUUUGUCAACGUUCUUCUCCGCAUCUGCAAUGUUUUCACGAUGAUGUUCACCUUUGUUUAUGUUACGACCAUGGGAAAAAACGUUUAGCAAACUGCUUCAAAUUCGAUCAUCAAAUGAAAUUCGAUUGUUUCGGGCGCAACGAAUGCGAAAACGACGGACAAUGUUUUCAAGACUCACCCGUUUGUCCUAGACGAUCGAUCUGUGUCUGUUCUCUAUGUCACUAUGGAAGUCGAUGUCAAUUUACAACGAGCGAGUUCGGCCUAUCACUCGACGCUAUUCUAGCUUACUAUAUCAUUCCAGAUGCUAAUAUUUUCCAUCAAACACCCAUUGUGAAACUCAGCUUUUCAUUGACGAUCGUAUUUAUUAUUCUAGGAUUGAUCAAUGGAACUCUUUCAUUUGUCACAUUCAAAAAUAAACGUGUACUGACAGUUGGUUGUGGGAUCUAUUUAUUAAGUUUGUCGAUAAUCACGAUCUGCACGAUGAUUUUAUUUGGGCUAAAGUAUUUUAUUUACUUGUCGAGUCAAAUCACGAUACCAUCGAACGUCUCGUUCCUUCGAAUGCAAUGUUCUUCGUUAGAUUUUCUUCUACGGAUUUGUCUUCAUAUGGAUCAAUGGUUAACAGCGUGCAUUGCGAUAGAGAGAGUAAUGACUGUGAUUCAAGGUGUUCAUUUCGAGAAAGAAAAAAGUAAAAGGUGGGCGAAAAAGAUACUAAUUCUGCUUUUGAUUGCCGUUGUGUUAACAUCAUUACAUGAUCCGCUCCAUCGUCGAUUAUUUGAAGAGCAAGAUAAUGAUAAUAAGAGACGAAUUUGGUGCAUCGUAAGUUAUUCUCCGAAAAUGCAAACCUACAAUCGAAUUAUCAAUACACUGCAUUUUUUCAUUCCAUUUCUUGCCAAUUUGAUAUCAUCGAUUAUUUUAAUCACCAAAAAAUCACAUCACCACUCGUCUCUACAACAACAUUGCUCGCGUAAAAAAACGUUAUGUCGACAAUUCGCCGAGCAUCGGCAUCUGUUAGUGGCACCUGUUAUACUAUUCUUUCUCGGGCUGCCACGACUGUUUCUUUCCUACGUAUCCAAAUGUAUGAAUUCCGCGAAAGAUUCGUGGAUAUUUCUCUGCGGAUAUUUCAUUUCUUUUAUUCCGCCGGUGAUUUCUUUUCUCAUCUUUGUUCUGCCAUCUAAAUUCUAUAGAAAAGAAUGGCGAAAGUCGAUUCGUUGGCGACCAAACAGCAUCUUUCCGAAUUGA